GAUAUUUGUAUUCCUUCUUCAUACGUUCUUUCUCCAUUCCUAUACUCCAUGUGCGUAUGUAGCGUGUUCAAUUAUAUUAGGAAAUCACUAAUUCACUAGGGAAAAAUAUUAUAUAAAUAUUUUAUUAUAAAACGUAUCAAAAAGGUCUUGUACAAAAUAUAUAACAAACUUAACAAAAUCUUAAAGAGGAAAAAGGAAGUAGUGACUAGUGUUCACGUCUUUGGUCGCUGCUCGUGAGCACGCGUGUCUCCCUCGGUGGUUGGGACGGAAGAGCGCGAAUAGCAGCGGUUGUUCAAAUGCAUGGUGUUUUUUUAGUUCUUUUGUUUCGCCACUAGGGGCGUGACGAUAAGAGUGCCGGAGGCGCCAAGCUUUGGCGUGACGGGCACACGUAUCCUUCUUGUGCGUACUCUACGAGCGUAUGGAACAAUUAGUGUAACUCCACAAUAGUAUUAAAAUUUCAUCACGAUGAAGUUGAACGUAUCGUUUCCAGCCACAGGAUGUCAAAAAUUAUUCGAAAUUUCGGACGAGCACAAGCUCCGAAUGUUUUAUGAGAAACGUAUGGGAGCAGAGGUAGAAGCUGAUUCUCUUGGUGAUGAAUGGAAGGGAUAUGUUGUACGUAUUUCUGGUGGGAAUGACAAACAAGGCUUUCCUAUGAAGCAGGGUAUCUUGACUAAUGGUCGUGUACGGUUAUUGCUAUCAAAGGGACACUCCUGCUACAGACCCAGACGUGACGGAGAAAGAAAACGUAAAUCUGUACGUGGUUGCAUCGUCGAUGCAAAUUUGUCAGUACUUGCAUUGAUAAUUGUGAAGAAGGGAGAACAGGAAAUUCCUGGACUUACUGAUACGCAAGUUCCACGUCGCUUAGGACCAAAGAGAGCUAGCAAAAUUCGUAAGCUCUUUAAUCUUUCAAAGGAAGACGACGUACGUCAAUUCGUCGUCAAAAGACCCAUCCAGAAAGAAGGCAAGAAGGAACGUCUUAAAGCUCCUAAAAUUCAACGCCUGAUUACACCUUUGACAUUACAGAGAAGGAGACAUAGGCGUGCAUUAAAAAAGAGGCGUUGCUUGAUACGUAAGGAACAAGCUGCUGAUUAUGCUAAGCUCUUGGCUCAAAGGCAAAAGGAAGCCAAGAAUAGACGCAAAGAAGAAAUUAAACGAAGACGCAGUGCUUCAAUCCGUGAUUCUAAAUCAUCUAAUCCAUCUACCCUCACUGCAACUCAGAAGUGAAAGACAAAAAUAAAAAAUAGUUCCAGUGUAUUGUAACAAGUAUUCUCGAUACUGUACUAAUAUUUUAAUUAAGUAGAAUGUAAUACCUUUCGAUAUAUACACUAUUUUCAAAUGUGA